GGACAAUCAACCUUUUUAUUUUUCUUCUUUUCUUUCAUUUCUAUCCUUGAAGGGGUUGCUCUUCUCCGUGCGUGAAUCAGGUCGCAAUAUAUCUAUAAGAUAGUCUAUCCAUCCAACCAACGGCGUGGAGGGAGUCCAGAGCACUACCAACACCUCCCACGAGCUUUUCUCCGUAUUGUCGCAUUCGCCUCAACCGCUAAAUCCUUUGGCUCUGUACGGUCCCCCGCUCGGGUUUGAGACGCGUUGUCUUAACUUGCGUUGAUUCGAUUGUCGUAUACUUUCAGAUAGCGAACACAUCGUGUAUCGUCCAGCUUCCUCCAUAACCGGUUGUCACUCCCGUUCAACUCUCGCGCCACUGUGGUUUUCUAGCUUCAGUACUUCCAAAAUCCAUACAAGUCUACUUAUCGCUGGGGAUCGCAUUCGUUACCAAAUCCGUCACUGUGUCCACUGAAUCAAAGAUGGGUGCCCGCACAAGAAGACAACAGGCCGCCUUGGCCGCUCAGUCGGAUAGCAAUGAGUCGCCGGCUGGCAAUGGCACAGUGGAAAAGUCACCAAAGAAGACUAGAACUUCGGGCAAGAAGGAAGUGAAGGAGAAUGUAUAUUUGUUUGCCCCUAACCUUAUUGGAUAUUUACGGGUUGUUCUGACAAUGGCUUCGCUGUACUAUAUGCCGCUGCAUCCGCGAACGUGCUCCCUUCUUUACAGUGUGUCUUGCUUGCUGGAUGCCCUAGACGGAUAUGCAGCACGCUACUUCAACCAGUCCACCACCUUCGGCGCGGUUCUGGAUAUGGUGACGGACCGCUGCACAACUGCGUGUUUGCUGGUGUUCCUGAGUUCGGCAUGGCCUCGCUGGUCUAUUGUUUUUCAGAGUCUGAUUGCCUUGGACAUGGCCAGCCAUUACAUGCACAUGUAUGCUACCCUCAGCAUGGGCGGGUCUGGCCAAAGUCACAAGAAGAUCGAUUCUAGCAGGAGCUGGAUCCUGUACCAAUACUACAAUAGCAAGACUGUUCUGUUCAUCUGCUGUGCUCUGAAUGAGCUUUUCUUCAUUGGCCUCUACCUUCUUUCGUUCUCGUCCCCUAUUCUGUCUCCAUCCCUUCUUCAACCCGUUCCAGGCUCCGGAGCCGACGCUGCACAGCCGGUCUCGACCGACUCGUUCGCCAGCCCAUGGAGCGCUGGCGCGCUGGAGAUGGCUAGGGCCAACAAGAUUGACAGCACCUGGCCUUGGAUCAUCACCGGAAUCUCGGCCCCCGUUAUGGCUCUCAAGCAGAUUAUCAACGUGGUGCAGCUUGUCAAAGCUAGCAACUGGCUGGUUGAAGGUGAUAUUGCCAACCGCAGGGCGCUGCGCGGUAAGAAAAACUAGGCCUCUGGUGCGAUUGUCGGGUACCUGGCCGCCGGUGGAAACUACGGCUCUUUCUCGCCUAAUCUUGGGGAUAGCACUACCGCCAGCGCCUGAUUAUCAUCACUCCGCUUGCAUGGCUUUGGUGCCUGGUUAAUUCCUCGGGACCGUGGAAAACUGCCCCAGUUCUUUGUCUCUUCUUCUCCUUUCUCCUUUAUCACCUUGUUCCCUUUCUAUGGUGCCCUCGGCGGAAGAUAUGUUUCAGUUGGGAGGAAAUUAUGGAAUUAUAGGUCUGUGCAGACCAUUGCGGGGACAGACCCAUUUCGAAUGACUUACUAGUAUAAUUGCUUCGACUGUCGCCUUUAUUACGGGCUACCUAUUUGCAUCCCCUUUUUUACUUUGCUUCUCAUUUUUCAUUUCUUUCUGUCUCUUUAUAAACCUCAAUUUUUUCUUCUUUUUUCUUUUUUCUUUUCUUUCUCCCAGGCUGUCUCUGACAUGAUUUAAAAAAUUCUAAUCCGGUUCUGUGUAUUAGUGGACAUACAGUUGCUUUCUAUUGAAUGAUUGUAGUGAUCAGGAAACAAUACAAAAAACAGUUGAAAAUG